AUGGCGACUAUCCGGUACGAUCAGCAAGGGCAUAUGGUGAUCAAUUAUGUAUGGAACGCCAGAGAACUGCGCUAUAUCAUGGUUCGCAGCUUCCUUGACGCAUGUAGUGUGUCUUGCACAGCUACAAACAUCGAAAAUGCUUUUAAAGCAACAGGAAUCUAUCCAAUGGAUAUGAACAAACCUCUUGCUUCCAGAUACAUUGUAGCAAAUGGAGUUCCUCCUGCAAGGCCCAAUUUUGUCAACGACAAAGUCCUUACAGAUCCAAAUGUGAUGAUGCAAGUCUUCCAAAUGGAAUAUGGACGCCCCAUGCAGCAACAGGAUUGGUAUUUCAAUCUGUUUGUGGCUAUGCAAUCUGUGUUGGCCUGGAAUGGAGCAUAUGGCCAGGUUCUUAGUCGUGAGUUACAUCUCCUUUAUCCUACUGCAGGUGGAUUUCAAAAAAUCCAAUUAAAAUGA